AUGAGCUUCAUUUCUCGCCGGGCGCUUUCCACCCUCAUCCCACCAAAGGGACUUGGCGCUGCUCAAGAUGCUGUCCGCAUGCAACGUGUCGUGAGCUUCUACGAGAAGCUUCCCCGAGGCGCAGCUCCAGAGAUCAAGCCCAAGGGACUUCUCGGCAGAUACCAAGCUCGAUACUUCGGAAAGAACGCCUCUGCAACACCCAUCAUUCACGCCGUUGUAGUCCUCCUCGCGAUCGGAUACGCCCAGAACUACUAUUUCCACUUGAGACACCACAAGAACAACGCUCACUAA